CCAGUCGCGUCACUUUAUGAAACUUAAAGGUUUAAACCUUAAACCUAAGGCGAACACGAGGUUGGUGUGGGAACUCAGCAAAUCCAAAUCGGUUGGUCUGAUGGAGGCACGAAGAUUAUCCCUCCUGUAAAUAUGUUUAUGGUCCAGUUUACUCACGGGGAGUAAAGGGUUUAUCCAUACAGCUCACUUCAGGAUUACAAACGGUAUAAAUACUGGAAGCGCUCCACUCUCUGUUCAGUCUGUGCCAGCUCUCGCUGUACGGUUACGCGCGGAUCACGGACACCCAGACAAGUUUCAUCUCGUUGUUUAAAAAGAGACUGACACGAAGUCAGACAGGAAAUUGUCAGCGCAGCACUCUUAGCUUUCCUGCGAAACUUUCUGGGAAUAAUCAGGACUAUGUCUGUGGUGAGCGCAGUGCGUUUCCUGAAGCCUCUCCACAUGCGCUCUCCGGUGCCUCAGGGCCGCCGCCACACGCUGCCGGCCAGCGAGUUCCGCUCCCUCAGCCCGGAAGAUGCCAUCAGUGUGUUCGAGAUUGAAAGAGAAGCUUUCAUCUCUGUCUCCGGUGAGUGUCCACUCCACCUGGACGAGGUGCGUCACUUCCUUACUCUGUGUCCUGAGCUGUCUCUUGGCUGGUUCGAGGAGGGACGGCUGGUGGCUUUUAUCAUCGGCUCACUGUGGGACCAGGAGAGGCUUACCACGGACGCCCUUACGCUCCACAAGCCUCACGGGACCACCGUUCACAUCCACGUUUUGGCCGUCCACCGGACCUUCCGCCAGCAGGGAAAAGGCUCCAUCCUGAUGUGGCGUUACCUGCAGUACCUCCGCUGCCUGCCCUACGUCCGCCGUGCCGUGCUCAUGUGCGAGGACUUCCUGGUCCCCUUCUACCAGAAGUCAGGCUUCAAAGUGCUAGGCCCCAGCAACAUCACAGUGGGGCCCCUUAACUUCACAGAGAUGUUCUACCCCGUGAGGGGCCACGCCUUCAUGCGGCGCAACAGUGGCUGCUGAAGACACAGAGACUCGAUGUGGAUUCUCUAUAGCUGUGAAAGGAGGUGAAGACCCCUGAGAAACGGGGAACAGGG